AUGUUAGAUAAGAAAGCCGACAAGAACCAUACACAUAAAUCCUUCACUACUGUUAGAGCAGACGACAUAAUAUUGAACUAUACCCUCGGUUCAAGUGCACCUUCAGGGAAUCCGAGUACAAGCGUAAAAGAUACUCUUAACAAUUUAGAUAACUAUUGCAGGAAUAUCGAAGGUCAUGUCAGAAACUUUGAAGCAUAUGAACUACCAACAAUGUUAGAUAAGAAAGCCGACAAGAACCAUACACAUAAAUCCUUCACUACUGUUAGAGCAGACGACAUAAUAUUGAACUAUACCCUCGGUUCAAGUGCACCUUCAGGGAAUCCGAGUACAAGCGUAAAAGAUACUCUUAACAAUUUAGAUAACUAUUGCAGGAAUAUCGAAGGUCAUGUCAGAAACUUUGAAGCAUACGAACUACCAGCAAUGUUAGAUAAGAAAGCCGACAAAACAGAGCUUCAAACAUUAAAGACUGAAAUACUUCAAACAUUAUAUCCUGUUGGUUCUUUAUAUACAUCAAUGAAUUCAACAAAUCCAGCAACAGUUCUGGGUUUUGGUACAUGGAAGCAGAUUGUAGACAAAUUCUUAUAUUGUACUAAUAGUUCAAAACAAGCCGGUGGUUCAAAGAAAAUUAAAGAAGCAAACCUUCCACCGCACACUCAUACAGGAACGACAAACUUUUCUGGCGACCAUAGCCACUCAUUAAGAGACCACCCAUUAUACAACUCAGACUAUGAAGCCGGCAAUGACGUUUUAUCUCCAUCUUAUAACAAUUCAGCAAAAAAGACUUUUCGACCAACUGAACCAGGAGGAAAUCAUGUCCAUACUUUCACAACAAAUCCAACAGGCUUGGGUAAAGAUUACAUGCCACCAUUUGUGACUGUAUUCGCAUGGUACCGCGUUCAUUGA